AUGGGCACCUUGCUAACAACUCACGUCGCCUAGCCUAAUAAAUACGGACAAAUUGUGGUUGAUAACCAGGGCUUAAUUGCCAAUAUUGUUGAAAAACCAUUGGUUACAGUGAGUAACCUGAUCAAUGCUGGUAUCUAUUUAUUCGACUUGAGAGCAUUGGAUUUAAUUAUUUUGAAUAACAAUCAUCUGGUUGAGGAUCUUUGCUACCCACUUUAAAAAAUAGGUGAACUUUUUGCUUACUCAUUAAGGUCUGACUCCUACUGGAUGGAUAUUGGGAACCCCUCAGAUUAUCUUAAAGCUCAAGAGCUUUACCUGAGUCAUCAAGAUUAAACUAUUUUAAGAAUCGAUAAAUCUUUUAUGAUUUCAUCCGAAGAAUCAGAUGUAGCAAUUUCAUAAGGAUACAAUUUACUGUAAAGUGAUUAGUAUACAGAUCAAAGUGAACCUCUGCUCAACCCAGAGAACCCACCUUUAUGUAUAGAAUCAAAACUAACUCCAUUAAUAGAUCCAUAGAAUGCUAAAAGACAUCCAUCGCUUAUCAUAGAGCCAGUAAUAAUUGAUAAUACUGCUCUUGUACAUCCAACCUCAAUCAUAGGUCCAAAUGUUGUAAUAGGUGCUAGAUGUUACAUCGGUGCAGGCUGUAAGAUUCAAAAUGCAACGAUUAUGUCUGAUACAGUUCUAAAUGGAUACGAUGUUGUUAAAAAUAGCAUAGUUGGUUGGAAAAAUAAUAUUGGCAAAUGGUGCUAAAUUAUCAAUAAUUCAAACACAGGAGUGGAUGUAGAAAUUAAAGAUGAGACUAUUUUAGAUAAAGUAUAGGUAGUUCCACACAUUUAUGUUGAUCAGGCAAAAGUGGAUUUGAGUAAAAAUAUUACAGUGAUUUUGAUUUGA